GGGCUGUGAUCACUGGAGCAGCACUGUAGUCCCAAGUGGGCAGCCUGGCCAGUUCACCAUGGCCAAUAUCACAAGUUUCAGUGGAGUACAGAACUUCAUCAUGAGAGUGGUAGCCACUGACUACAAUCAGUUCGCCAUCGUGUUCUACAGGAUAGUCCAAGAUGGGGUGCAAUCGGUGGCCACCCUUUUAGGGAGGACCACGGAGCUGAACCCUGAACUGAGGAAGCGCUUUGUCAACUUUGCCAUGACUCUAGGCUUCACUGAUGAAAACAUCUUCUUCUCUGACCCCAUGGAGAAGUGCAUGGAUGUCUGAAUGGCAAGUGCCUUCCGUCUCUGCAACCCAUGUUACUCCUGUCACCUCUGCCCAAGGUGCCCUCCGUCUGCAAUACCAACAACAAUGCCAGUGAGAGAGCGGGAAGACUCUUCUUACAGUGCAGUGCUGCCCUCCCAUCUCCCAAAAUGGCUGCCACUGAAGGCCUCCACUUUUUCUGUUAAAUAAACAGUUGU